AGACUGUAUAUAAUCUCCAUCCUACUUGUCAGACUGGCUGACUGCGCUGCGUCUCUGCAGUUGGAUAAUUCUUCAAAUUAUAAAUCACUUGAUUUAAAAUUUGUAUCUUCACCAUCAUAUAUUUUUGGCUGACUUAGUUGCUGCUGGACAGUACACAAUUCUUACAGUUGGACACUUGCAGUGUACGAUCAUUAUAAACAUGGCUGAUUCCAAAGUGUGGAGUCCAGAGUUCGUCCAGGAUCUUCUUCCGUCUGCACAGCGAACGGCUCUCCUCUAUCAUCUGUCUUACCUGUGUUUGGGAGGCUUCCCAAAGCUGGAGUAUAUGAUCAGAGAGAGAGCUCUUGAAACACAAAUGCUGUUUGGAUCCUCUGAAACUGUUCUGCUGAAGUGUGUCUGCACGAGUUGCAACCUGGUCUGCUCCCUGUUCCCGAUGCUGAGGAAUGCCGUUCAGAAGAACAAACCCGUUCUGGCUGUGAAGUACCUGGAGAAAGCCAGAACGUGGAUCAAUGACAUCAUUAGAGCCGUGGAUGACAUGGUGAAGAGGUAUGAUCAACAAAACAAAAGUGUGGCGUCGUGCACCAGUGACGUGAUUCAAGAACAAAAAGAGACAGAAGUAAAACUAACUCAACACUCUGAAGAGAUGAAGAGUCUGGAGGAGGCCGUGGCCAAGCUUGAAGAGGAGCUGAGAAAAACUGCCCAAAAUGUAGAGGAAAUUGAGAAAAAAAUUGAUGGAAUAAACUCUGAGCUGCAGGAUCAUAUUAAAGAACUUUCUAGAAACAACAUUGGUAUGAGUAUCCUGGCUGUUUUGGUGCCAUUUAUUGGACCCCUUAUUCAGUCCAUUUAUGAUACUUCUCCUGGUGUUGCUGCUCAAACUCAAUAUCUCAACGCCGAACUGUCCCGUCUCACCUCUGAAAAGAGUAAUCUGCGAAACAGAGAGUGGAACAUCCAAGUCAAACUGACUGACCUUCAGCUGAAGUUGGCGAUUUCCAAAAUACAGAUGGGUGUGAUUCCCAGUCCUGUCCACCUGAACGAUGUCCAGAAGUGCCUUUCUCGAAUCCAGAAAAUUCUGGUUCAGCUUAAAAUGUUCUGGGAGAAAGUGGGUGUUGCGUUGGACACACUGAAAGACAAGACCUUUGCUGGAGAUGCACUGAUUGAAGAGCUGGAUGACCUGAAGGAGGAGUUUCUGACCUCUAUUAAAACAGCAGGAAUGUACUGGAAGACAUUUGGUGAAUGCUGUCAGAGGGCACAGGGCAUCUUCAGCAUUCAGAAUAAGGAUGCUUAUCAAUUCCUGGAGAUCAAUCCAUCUUCACUCUCAGAGGAUGAAAGGAUGGAGCAUUAUGAGUGUAUCAUGGAGAAGCUGAAGAAUAUCAAUCCUCAGGGCUCGACCACAGCCACCAUCACUGAGUGACAGACAGAGAUCUGACGCUUCUUUCACACUUUAAACGCUCUUUAUAAGGUAUAUGCAUAUUAAUGCAAUUAACUUGUCAUUUUUGUAAUGCUUUUUAAUCAUUAUAACUGCUCUCUUACAUGCUCAAUUACACUUCCACAUGCAUAUUUUAAAUUGAGUUGAUGUUAGGAAUGUAUUUCUCUAUCUCUAUUAAAAUUGCUUUGCAUUUCAUUAUGGUUUAUAAAUCGCGUGGUCUGGUCACAUGACCAAUGCUUAAAAGACAUUAAACAUUCAUUGCAGCAAAAUCA